CACGCGCCAGCACACACAUCUCCUCCAUCCUCCACGGUAUCUAGGCGCUGUUCCCGAGUGCGGUCUCUUCAGCCAAGUUAAUCUACAACUCUACCGAUGUAUACCUUCAGCACCAACUCGCGGUUUCUAACGGGACUAUGCACUAGUUGGACAUAGUCACACGCCCCUUGUUAAACCCUAGUUAUACAUCAAUUAUCAUCAUCAAGCAACAUCACAUGGCAAGUCUACUUUUGUAAGUAGCACUUCAAUAGUGAUACUAGUCAUCAUCAACCUGUGAUUAUCAACCAGCAAGUAUUUCAUCAUCAACUUCAUCUACAUAAAGCGGAGACCCUAUUCAUCAUGGAGCAGUUCUUGGUUCUGGCGCAGAACCGACAGUUCCUGCCCUUCUACGGCGAGGAAGAGAGGCGCUGGAAUGAGCCCUUCUUCUUCAUCCAGGCGGCGGACACGCAGUUCGGGAUGCAGGAGAAAUACCUGGAGCAGAAGGCCGAGUACGGCUGGGAGCGGGAGAUCGCCUGGUCCAGUCAGCUGGUCGACGACGUCAACGCCAUGUUCCCCCGCCCCAAGUUCCUGGUGGUGUGCGGCGACCUGCUGGACGCCUGGCCUCACACGGAGCCCGAGAUACGUCGCCAGCAGGAGGUGGACUUCAAGAAGGUGUUCGCGGGUCUGGAGGUGCCGCUGGUGUGCGUCUGUGGCAACCACGACGUGGGCAACACCCCGACGCCGGACUCCGUCAGCGGCUACAGGUCCUCCUUCGGCGACGACUUUUUCAGUUUCUGGUGCAGCGGUGUGUUCUUCAUCGUGUUGAACACGCAGUUCUACGAGGACUCCUCCAGGUGCGAGGAGCUAGCGGCGGAGCAAGAAGAGUGGCUGGAGCAGCAACUGGAGGUGGUGAGGAGAGAGAAGCCCCAGCACGCCGUCGUCUUCCAGCACAUCCCAUUCUUCCUCGCCAACCCGGAGGAGGAAAAGGAAUACUUCAACAUGGCGCCCGCCCUCCGUCAGGUCAUGCUGGACAAGUUCUACGACGCUGGCGUCGGCCACGUCUUCUGCGGCCACUACCACCGCAACGCCGGCGGCUUCUACAAGGACCUGGAGGAGGUGGUGACGUCGGCCGUGGGGGCGCAGCUGGGGGAGUGCCAGCAGGGGUUCCGGCUGGUGCGGGUGCUGGAGGACCGCCUGCUGCAUCAGUACUACGCCCUGGGCACGGCGCCCACCCACGUCCACCUCCCCAACACCAAGCCCGCCGUGCCGGCCACGCCCGCCCUCCCCGCCUGGGCCCACGCCGCCGCCGCCGCCGGCCCCACCCCCACCAGGAAGUCUUUCUUCGCCCUCUAACAUCGUCGUCACACUCCUCCCGUGUCUCUCUCUCUCUUCUACUGCACAUUAUCGCCACAUUUACAUAUUAUUCAUUAUCUAAAAUUAGUCAUAAUUCAUCCCACAGCCAUCCCUAACCUUUUAUGCCUUAUAUAUAUAACCCAAAAUACAAACUGAUUAUAUUCUGCAAUAUUAUUGUUGAAAUUUUAGACAAAUAUUAAUUGAUGAUAUAUAUUUUUAUAUAAUCUCUUUUAUUAAAUAAACGGCAUCUUGAUUUUUUU